CAUUCCAUCAUCACAUCACUUGCAACCAUUCAGAAUACAAUAUGAAGCAGUUUAUUGCAUUAUUAGCUGUUUUUGGAUUUGCUGCCUGUGCUAGAUUGGAACACCUUACUAAUAAUAACCGAUAUUUACCGCCAAAGGAUCAAAGAAGUAACAUUCCAAAUCCUCAGCCGCACACAAGACCUACCUCUAGCCAGCGUCCCGGAAAAGGCCCUGCUCCAUCUGAUAGGCAUCCAUCAGCAGCACAACAUGGUCCUACCCCGCAAGGAAAUUUUCAACCACCAAUUCCAAUUUUACGAUACGACAGCAGUAACGACGGUGCAGGAAACUAUCACUUUGCAUAUGAGACGGGGAAUGGAAUUCAGGCAGAAGAGCAAGGUCAACUGAAAAAUCCUGGUAGUGAGAAUGAAGCAGAAGCUGUUCAAGGAUCAUUUUCAUAUCCCUCACCUGACGGCCAACAAAUUGUUCUGCACUAUAUUGCUGAUGAAAACGGUUUCCAACCAAGUGGAAACCAUUUGCCUACACCACCGCCUAUUCCAGAAGAAAUUCAGAGAGCGUUAGAACAGAAUCAAGCUGAAGAAGCUCAAGGUAUUUUCGAAAACGGCCAAUACAGAGCAGAGCAUCACGGCGACCAGUCGCAACAGUACAAUCAACAUAGCGGACCUCAACAACAGUACUUACCCCCCAAAUAGAAAUUAUUAAUAAUUAAAUGAAUACUUUA